AUGGAUUCCUUCAAGACGCUCCAGACAGAAAUCUCGGCCGCCCUGAAGUCGACCACCAAGUCUGCCUCCCUAAUAGGCGCAGCGGACAUAUCGUUCCAACGAUCGCUGAACCCCGAUGCUGGCACACAGCUGGACGCCCAGAAUGCGCGCCUCCUUCACCUCGCGCAGCGCCUUCUCGAGAAUGCUGCUGCGAGCUCGGACGCUGUAGGUCCCAAGCUACCCGACGUUGAAGCCAUAGACGCCAAUUGGAGGGGGGUUGUUGAUGUCAUCGACAGCUUGCUUGAGAAGGCUGACACCAGUCUCGACGAGUACACGGGUGUUGUUAAGCGGCUGAGUCCCGCGACCGAGCAGACAACUGCCAAACCACGCCCGAACAUCGCCGACAAGAAGAUCAUCGCAAAGCCGCAGCUCAAAUUUGAGCAUGUGCCUACCAACGACGAGACUGGCGGCUUCCGCCCAUUGAUUACUUCCAAGCCGCAUGCGAAGAUUCCGCUACAAGAGUGUUUGAAGACUUUCCAGGACAGGCGGGGACGGGAACAAUACCCUCACCCAUACCAGACCGAGAUUGAAGCCUACGAAUAUCCCUCGACCGUAUACGAGUACUCGGAGCCGCAGCAAUACCCGCCCUUUGAAUCUACCACCGCAACCUUAGUCGACACCCCUGAGGCCUUAGCUACUAUGCUCUCCGAGUUGAAGACUGCAAAGGAAAUCGCUAUUGACCUGGAACAUCACGACAACCGCUCAUACAUCGGCAUGGUCUCGCUAAUGCAAAUAAGUACCCGCGACAAGGACUGGAUAGUCGACACACUAAAGCCCUGGCGGCGGAAGCUUGAGUGCCUGAACGAGGUGUUUGCCGAUCCCAGCAUCCUGAAGGUUCUGCACGGUGCAUACAUGGACAUUAUCUGGCUUCAACGAGAUCUGGGACUCUAUGUUGUUGGUCUCUUUGACACAUAUCACGCUGCUCGAGCUCUUGGCUACCCUGGCGCCAGUCUAGCUUACCUGCUUGACAGGCAUGUUCAGUUCACGGCCCAAAAACAGUAUCAACUGGCAGAUUGGCGCAUUAGGCCGCUCGGCAAGGAACUGUUCGAAUACGCACGCGCCGAUACCCACUUCCUCCUAUACGUAUACGACAACAUGCGGAACGAACUAGUCGAGAAAUCUGACUUCUCUAACCCCGAGAAAAACAAGGUUCAGGACGUACUGCAAAAGUCGAAAGAGACGGCGUUGCAGCGAUACGAGCACCCUGUGUACGAUACCGAGAUGGGCCUUGGAACUGCUGGUUGGUACAAGCUCAUCUCACGAACACCCGUGCAGUUUACACCUCAGCAGUUUUCCGUCUUCCGAGCUGUGCACAGGUGGAGAGACGACCUCAGCCGCAAAGAAGACGAAAGCCCGCUUUUCAUCAUGCCCAAUCACGCCGUAUUCUCUGUAGCUCGUGCGAUACCUGCGGACAAGGCUGCUCUGUUCAACGCUAUUCAACACGUAUCGCAUAUUAUCCGAGCGCAUGCGGACGAGCUCGUAGCUGUGAUCGCGAAGGCUAAAGAGGAGGGGGUUGGUGGGCCAGAGUUGCACGAGGUGCUUCAGACGAUCGCCGACAUGCAAAGAGCGGAAAGGGCUGAAUCGGAUGCGGCGAUAAAGGUAGCAGAGGCGACUGCUGCUCCACCUGUUGAAGAGCCCUCUUUACUCCAGAGCACUGUUGCUGUCCCGGCUACCCGAGCUCCAUCUUCCGAGUUCUGGGGCCAACUUUGGAAAGCCAGUCAGGUGUCACAACCGCGAGAAGUCCCUACCAUCGAUAUCGAUCUUGCUCUGCCGUUACCACCUCUCACGGCGCAGAUUUUUGCUGAUGCAAAUGGAACGACCCAAGCUACACCAAAGGCAGACAAGCCUCAGCACACUUUCGUACCAAAAGAGGAGCGGCCUGCUGAAGACCAACGAACCGAUACAUUCGUUGUCAAGCAUCUCGGCGGCCGCAAGCGAAAGCGAGGAGACGCCGUAGAAGAAGAGUCUCCUGCCACAACACCAGCCCUCGACCCGAUGACCAACGACGAAAUCAUGCUAGAUGCACCCGAGGAGACACCAGACGCAAUACGCGCACGCGAGAAAGCCGCUAGGAAGGCCGCACGUAAGCAAAAGAAGAAGGACGAUGCCGCUGCUCAGGCCGCCGGUCUUAAUUACGGCGACGGGCCUGCCUUCGACUAUGCAAACGCAAAAUCAGUAUUGCACGCGGAAGACGGCGACGGUAAAAAGAAGAAGAAAGACAAGAAGAAGAAGAACCCAGCCUUCGCACCGUUUUCGGGUAUGUCCGAUGCUCCAAAGGGGCUACCGCGGGCGCAGAAGGAAGUGCCGGGACGGAGCAGGACGUUCAAGUCGUAA